AUGAAACAACUUCUCUUACUCUUUAUUGCCGCUGGCAUCGCUGCAACAGCAGGUGCGCAAAACAGUGAGCCGCUUCAUAUUCAUUUGAAAGAAAAAACGGAAUGCGGGUUUGAUAAAGUGAUCCAGAAAUUAAAUGUUCCAUACAGUGUAUUGGUCAAUGCCUACCGCCCGGCCAAUGCCCCGUCUACUACAGCCGCCAAGGGUGCCGGCAUUGUUUAUGAUAUUCCGGUGGUAUUCCAUAUUAUUUACGGUCCGGGACAAGCAUCCUUUAACCUGCCGGACAGUAUCAUCCAGAACCAGUAUUUCGGAGAUGGAAAUGGAGACAUUGAUUCCCUGGAGCGCAUUAAGAAAACAGCCGAAGGGGGCAAAGACCCAUGGCCAACGAAACGCUAUCUCAAUAUUUGGAUAGCCAAUCUCUCUGAUUCGGUGGGGCAGAUCGGGGUAUUGGGCUAUGCCAUUCCACCUUUAAACCCGAUACCUGCCAACUGGCCUGCCGGUGCCGACCAGGAUUUAUUAACGCUGACAGAUGGUGUAGUGCUGCAAACCCAUGCCGUUGGCGCCAACAACUCUUUAAGUCCGGCACUGCAAGGGCUAUAUACCAAGGGACGCUGCGCUGUACAUGAAGUAGGUCAUUACCUCGGCCUGAUGCAUAUUUUCGGAUCUAAUGGCGGCGGUACCGGAAGCUGCGGGGCAAUGGCAGACGAUGGCAUUAAUGAUACCCCUGAGCAAAGCCAGAUCUCCUUCACCAAUUCUGGCUGCCCGUCGGCCACCAAAAAUACUUGUGGCGCCGGCACGCCCGGCGACUUGCCGGAUAUGAAUAAGGCUUCAUGGGACGGUGCGGUUACUGAGGGUGUCACUAAGUUGAUAUUCAAUUUGGUAAUGAAGCUGCUGAUUGCUGACCAAACAUCCGUUGCGACGCUCCGUUCAACUGAGGAGCGAACGCUUAAUAUUUAUUUGCCGGCAGGAUAUGAUAGCAACAAGGCCGGACAAUACCCGGUCAUCUACCUGCUGGACGGAUCUAUGAACGAAGACUUCCUGCAUAUCACGGGCCUUGUCCAGUUUUUCCAGCUCAUGAUGAACAUGCCUAAUACCAUUGUCGUAGGUAUUGCCAAUGUAGACCGGAAACGCGAUUUCACCUUCCCAACCACCAUUGCCGCCGAUAAAAAACAGUACCCGACAACGGGGCAUUCCGAAAGUUUUAUCCGUUUUAUGGAGCAGGAGCUACAACCCUAUAUCCAAUCACACUACAAAACCAGCGCUACCAAAUACCUGAUCGGGCAAUCAUUGGGCGGUUUGGUGGCCACAGAAAUACUGCUCAAAAAGCCUUCCUUGUUUACCCAUUAUAUUAUUGUGAGUCCCAGCCUUUGGUGGGAUAAUGAAUCAUUGCUACAACAAGCGCCCGCACUACUGGCCCGGCAAGGCAAUGACUCCAUACGCGUAAUGAUCUCUGUAGGAAAGGAAGGAAAAAUAAUGGAGCAAGACGCCGCGGCUUUAGCAACAACCUUAAAAAACGCAGGUCCUAAACAUCGUAAGAUCGACUUUAAUAAAAUGCUGAAAGAGAACCAUGCGACCAUACUGCACCUCAGCGUUUACGAAUCAUUAAAGCAGCUUUUUCCUUACAAGGAGAAUUGA